ACUCAUAUACUUUAAAUUCCGAACUAUCGUAUAAACGCGUAGUCAGGAGUUACACUCUAGAGAGAUAGAAAUGAAGAUAUCCAAUAUUUUCUUGAUAUUUCUAACUUCUGUUCCUAUUCACGGAUCCGUUACAAGAUUUUACAGAUGCCACAGCGAUAGAAAUUUCACACCCUGGGCUACUGGCGCUGUGACAUAUAAAGGGACAACCUUCACAGAGACGGGAAGAUUCUACGAUUUAAUCAAAUAUAUUGGAGAGACUGUAACAGAACGCUCAAUCAACGAAAGCUUUGAUAAGCAGCAGGGGCACUCAAUAGUCAGAUGUGAGACUGCAGAUAUAAGAUUAACAGAAGAACGGUAUAAGGAAUGUCUCUACAGAGUUGCAUAUAGGGUACGUUGCAAUAACGUGCGAACCGUAGAUAAAUUUUGCAAAAAGUUUCAACAUUUCUUUCAAAACUGCAACAAUUUGCUGGAAACCUGUUUUUUCCCUGAAGCCGUUCUACGAAUAAAAGGAGCGCAGCUGGAAGCCCUGAGCACUGGUUUAGACUCCAGGUCCACCUGCAAUAUACCAAUACCAGAAAUUGUUGCUGUGACAUAUUCACCAACUGGUAUUCCAGGAUUAAUUGACACGUAGA